UUUUGGCAUGUGUGAGCAAAGGUAACGUCCAUGUUAUGUUUCACUUACACCUUCCCACGAGCCCUUCGUUUCCCAACUGAAAUUUCACUUCUCUCUCUCUCUCUCUCUCUCCAAUUCUCUGCAAUUCCUCAUUUUCAAUCUAAUCUUCUCACAAACACUACUCCACAGCUCACAUUGCUCGCCUUCUUUGUCCUUUCAUUUCCAUGAUGGAACUAUGCAUAGAGGGUGAAGGGUGAAGUCUUGAAAUAAUCAUUUUGAAGUAAUUUGGAAUGGCUCCAGCUAGCAAGGCUGAUAAAAAGGCUGCAGUGGAUGCAGCUGCAUGGAUGUUCAACGUUGUCACUUCUGUUGGGAUUAUUCUUGUCAACAAAGCCUUAAUGGCCACUUAUGACUUCAGUUAUGCUACUACACUAACCGGUUUGCAUUUUGCCACCACUACCUUGUUGGCUUUGGUUCUGAGGGGUCUGGGAUACAUCCAAGCCUCUCAUCUACCUUUCCCAGAACUUUUGAAAUUUGUCUUCUUUGCAAACUUCUCAAUUGUUGGAAUGAAUGUUAGUCUAAUGUGGAAUUCAGUAGGAUUUUAUCAGAUAGCAAAGCUGAGUAUGAUUCCUGUGUCCUGCCUGUUGGAAGUGUUGUUUGACAAGAUUCGGUACUCACGAGACACAAAGCUAAGUAUAGCUGUUGUUCUCUUGGGGGUUGGUGUUUGCACUAUCACUGAUGUUAGUGUGAACGCCAAGGGCUUCGUUGCUGCUUUCAUUGCAGUCUGGAGCACUUCUCUGCAACAGUAUUAUGUACAUUACCUUCAAAGGAAGUAUUCACUUAGUUCUUUUAACCUACUUGGUCAUACUGCUCCAGCCCAGGCUGCUACAUUGCUGUUAAUAGGCCCAUUUUUGGAUUACUGGUUGACAAACAGAAGAGUUUACACUUACAACUAUAAUAUAGUCUCUGUGACGUUCAUUAUUCUAUCAUGCACCAUUGCGGUUGGGACCAACCUCAGCCAGUUCAUCUGCAUAGGCAGAUUCACAGCCGUGUCAUUUCAAGUACUCGGUCACAUGAAGACAAUCCUUGUAUUAAUAAUGGGAUUCUUCUUCUUCGGAAGAGAGGGUCUGAAUCUACAGGUAGUUUUAGGUAUGGUCAUAGCAGUGGUGGGAAUGAUCUGGUAUGGAAAUGCCUCAUCUAAGCCAGGAGGAAAGGAGCGUUGGAACAUUUCACUACCUACAAGCAGACAACAAAAACACACUAGUUUGUCAGAAGCCAGUGAACAUGAUGCAAAGGCUUAAAUCAUUCAUGUAGGAUACAAGUUAAAGCAUACAAGGAUAGCUAAUUCCAGAAGUUAUGAAUCAUUUGAGAGAGUAGAAAUUCCAUGGUUUGAUGCUAAUUAAUUUCUUCUUUAUUCAAUUAUUUCUUGUUUUUCUUUUACUAAAUCCUAUCAAGGGAAAGGAGUUUUUUUUUUUUUUUUCCUUAGAAUUAGUCUGUAAUUUUCUUUUUUGCUUGUUCAGGAAUAUAAACUAUGAUAAUUAUUUAUUUCC